UUGGUGACGGGUGGUGGGGAUGGCCUUCUAAGACUAUGGAAUCCAUACGUGCCACAGAAAAAUAGCGGAACUUGCAAGAAGCACGAUGCCAAAGUCUGCGCUAUCACCAUUCAAAAGGAGCAUCAUCUCAUCUAUUCGAUAUCCAAGGAUCGCUGCUUAAAAGUGUGGGACUCCCGUACUAAGCGCUGUAUUAGAGGAGGUAGUGGUCAAGGUCAGCAAAAACUCGGCCAUGGGUUCACUAUUAACAGACUUUGGAUGGGCUCAUGGAUAUUGGAAAAAAUGCGCCCAGUAUUGCCAUAUUUUAUAAUCCAGAAAACUCAUUUACUCAUGGCCGCUAGUGUUAAAAUUGCUCUCAUCACGUGUUUGAGAGUUAUCAAUGAAAUUUACACCGAUGGGUUCACGCAUUCGAAAACUGUUACGAAAGUACUAUACAAUCCUCUUUAUAAAACGAUCUUGACGGUCAGCAAAGACUCGACGAUAAUCGCAUGGGAGCCUUUCAUUGGUCGAUGCCUGUUUACAAUAAACCACGCCCACACAAAAAUGGAGCUGGGCGAGUCGAAGGAUCUGCCAAUCACAGCCGCCGAAUUCGACCCGAGCAAAGUGCUUCUAAUCACGGGGUCCAAUGAUGGAAGCAUGAAAGUCUGGAAUUUCAACGAGAAAAAAUGUGUGCGCAAUAUGACCACCGGUGAUGACAGUCGUGUGGUGGACAUCCACUGGAUCUCGAAUCGUGUGCUGGUGAUGACAUGGCACCACAUCACAGAGUUCGUGUACCCGGAAGGCACAAUUGUGGGCAAAACGUGGGAGGCCAAGCACACUGAUGAUCUCACUGCCUGUGCAGUGUGUCCGCACGCUUUUGUCACCGGCACAUUCAACGGAGAACUCAUUUUCUGGAGACUCGAGACCGGGCAAUCGCUCAAGGGCUUCAUUAUUGUCGACCCUGAGAAGAGUAAAGUGACCGAGUUAUCACUGAAAACUAUCAAAUCGAGGAAAAGGAAGGAUGUUGCGAGUGAUACUCAUUCUAUUGUUCUCAACACUGCAAAUGUCACAGACAAUGACUCCAUUGAUUCAGACAUGACUGAUAAGAGUCAGUCCGACUUGGAAGUGAAUAAUUACAACUUCGAAUCAUCCCUGCUAACUAACCAUUGGAAGAGCGACGUGACCAUUCACGCGAUCACGUAUCUGCGUGGCGGCACGCGAUUGGCCGGCGCUGAUGAAGGGGCGGUGCUUGUCUCGACCAAUGGCGGCUUUGUGCAGAUGUGGUCCACUCACCGCUCGGCUGCCAGCGGUCUAGUAUACACGUUCAAGGCCACUAGAGAUCCUGAUGUCUACAUCAUGACUAUGGCCACUGAUAGGCUUGAUCAGUACUUGUUUACAGGAGACUCAAUCGGUUACAUAAGAAUAUUUUCAAUUCUGAAUUUGGGAGUGCCAGAAUCAGACAGGGUACAGAUUGAUCACAUGUACUUCUACCAUAAAUUCCCCUAUUAUGCAAUUGUCAAUCCCGACAUGAAUUUUGAAAACGUCGCUUAUCCUAUUUUGUUGUCGUGUUAUCAAGGGCAUAAAAAGACUGUAACCAGUCUCAACUUUAUACAAGAACUGGAGGUGCUAGUAAGUUCUAGUACAGACAAUUCGGCAAGACUGUGGACUCUGGAAGGCCAGUACAUUGGCACCCUGGGGAAUACCAAAUAUUGGAAGCAGCUGGAACGAAACACAAAGGCUGAGGUGGUUGAGCCCAGACUUCCGCCUGAUAUUAGAAGAGUUUGCUCCGAGAAUACGUUGAAGGUAUUGAGCUAUAAAAGCACACAAGAUUUCCUGGCAAAUGUAGACACAGUGGAGGAUGAUUUGUCGAAUCUUCCAGUCGACAAAAUUCCAACUUAUGGAAAGCCUUUAAGUGAGCCGAUUCUAGGCAAUUACUUCUCUCUGCCUGAGAGAGGCAAACGCAAAAUAAAAUUGCCCAAAGUAGACGCUACAAAAGGACGAUUUGUUCGAGUGUAUGCCCUGAUGGCCAAUGAUGAUAAACCACUGAAAGAGGUUGCUUCACUGAAAAACAGCAAACCAAAAAGAGGCAAAGAGAGAGAUACAACUCCAAAAAGCUAACCAAAUUGAACAAAUAUGUAUGUGGAUAUUGCUUCAUCUUGAAAAUAUAAAUGAGUUUGAAGAAUAUAAUUUGGAUACUGAUGGACGUACAUCACUGGAUAAAAAGCCUUGAGUAUGAUGAAUGGAUAAAUAUAGGUACCUAAUAAGAAAUGUGCAACUUAUAAACAAAAUAAAUUGUCAAGUGCAUAAAUAUAAUAAAUGAGAUAUGAGACUAUCCAAUUUCAAGUCUUCUGAGUUUUAUUAUAGAACUAGCAGGUAGCCCUUGUUCCGCAACUGUCUAAUUGAAAGCUUGACCUAGGUACUGAAAUCUUGAAGAAUUUAAAAUAGACUUCAACCAUCCUUGGGAAAUUAA